GACGCAUUCUCCUCCCUCCGUGCUCAACAAGGGCCCCUCCACACCACACACAUGGCCUGCUACGACGCCUGCCACCCCUGCGGACCCACCCCGCUGGCCAACAGCUGCAACGAGCCCUGUUCCCUGCAGUGCCAGGACUCCCGCGUCGUCAUCCAGCCUCCCGCCGUGGUGGUCACCCUGCCAGGACCCAUCCUCACCUCCCACCCCCAGAGCACCGCCGUCGGAUCCUCCGCAUCGGCUGCCGUGGGCAACGAACUCGGCGCUCAGGGAGUUGCCAUCAACUCUGGCAGCUUUGGUUACGGCUUCGGGGGCCUGGGCGGCUUCGCCGGCAGAAGGGGUGGAUACAUCUGCUAAGGGCUCUCGCCACCAACCCUGACAUACGCCAGCCACCGCUUUGAAGAUACGGCAUGAAUCGUGGAUUCACCUCUGGACCCUUCUUGACAUGUGGACCUGCUGUCCAUGGCUCCUCUUCUAAAGGAGCCACGAAGAUCUUGGUGCUCUGGCAAGAGCUGUGUCACAGAAGCAACCUCAGCUGAUGGUCGCCCUACGUGCAGCUUAUAUUUUUCACUGUGUUCUUUGUGCUCCUGCCUUUUCACUAUUCUUUUUCGUCAAUAAAGUUCUCCUGCAUCCCA